AGUGUACAAAUUAAUUCUGCAAAGCUGAUAAAAGAGAUCUCUUGAGACACACAAACAAUAUACUCAGAGAAAAAGAAACACAGAGAAUCCAUUAUUCAUUCUACUGUUGUGAGACAUGUAAUUGCUCAGAAGAUGCGGUGCAAUAAUUUUCUGCCUUGCAAGCAUAACCUCUGCAUUCACAAAGAUAAGAUUUUUCUCUUGGCUUAGAGGGAAGAGGCGCAUGGGAUUAAUUAGUAUAAAAAUGGUAGAAGAGGGCAGACAAAACGACAGGAGUGGUUCCACAUGAAAGUAUAAGCCAAUAUGAAAAUACAGCCAACAACACACCGUCAUUUAUAUAAUUAAAAAAAAUCAAUGGGAGACACUGUGACAGCAUCCUCCAAAGCAAGGUCUGACAGUGUUUUCUUUUCUAUCCCCUGUUCUGUUAAGCUCUGGCACAAAUUCCCAAUGCUGCUGUUCCCUUAAAAUAAAAUAUGAAAGCUUCUGCAGCCCCACAUUCUCUCUUUUCUGCUAGACAGCCAGCUCCUACUUUCUCUAUUAAGUAUACAAAUUUAUUUGCAGUCUCUCCAGAGGGUGUCCAAGUUUCCUUUAUAACAGACCUCUGGAUCCUUUCCUUGCAACAUUUUUCCUUGUCAAAGCUUUUGCAGAGAAACUUGUAAGAAGCUAUUGAAGGAAUUAUCCAGCUGUAUAUCAGUUUCGUUCUAGUUGUUUUUCUGAGUAUAUCCAACUGACCCACUAAGAUAUUUAGUAUUUCACUGUAAUAUCUUUUAGGGUUUCCUAAUAACUGCCUUGUAUUUUAGCUUUGGGAGCCUAUUGUAUGUUGGUGUUUGCUCCCUGAGGUUUAGCAGAAAAACUUUGAUCCUUGAGCCUCAUCUCAAAAUCAUACGUUGAUUUUGCAGUGUUCUAUUAGCCCAAAUUCUGUGCUUCUAAGGUCUAGACUCUAUAUAAUAAGUAUAAGUUAGCUUUUGAGACUCUAGCCUAACUAGAAUAAAUGCUUUGAUCCUUUGAGUCUCAUCUCGAAAUCAUACCUUGCUUUUGCAGUGUUCUAUUAGCCCGAAUUCUGUGCUUCUAAGGUCUAUAUAAUAAGUAGAAGUUAGCUUUUGAGACUCUAGCCUAACUAGAAUAAAGGCUUUGAUCCUUGAGUCUCAUCUCAAAAUCAUACCUUGCUUUGCAGUGUUCUAUUAGCCGAAAUUCUGUGCUUCCAAGGUCUAUAUAAUAAGUAGAAGUUAGCUUUUGAGGCUCUAGCCUAACUAGAUAAAAAAUUUCUCUAAGGUGUAGUUUGGAGUUAGCCCUAAAUUAGCAUUUCAAGUCUUGAAAACAUCAGAUUAUUUGUUUGCUUUGAAGAUGGGUUGUGAAGGAGGACCAUAUGUAAGCCGAGAUCUGGGUGCUAAGCUGAUAGAAGUUGUGUCUGUGUAUCCAUUAAAAUGUGGGGCUCAGGAUUCCACUCUGAAACUGUCAAAUUUGGACAGGAAAUGUCCUAUGCUUAUGUAUACAGUAUUCUUUUACAGGCCUUCUGAGGAUCUGAACCUUGGAUCUGUGUUUCAGAACCUGAAGGAAGCCCUGGAGAAGACCUUGACAGUAUGGUAUCCUGCUGCAGGCAGGCUUAAAAUCAAUGAAAAUGACGGCAAACUUGAUCUGCUUUGCAACAGUGCUGGUGCAUUUAUGGCCAAAGCUUUCACUGAUUCUAAAUUCUCAGAGCUUGGAGAUUUGUCACAGUACAACCCUUUCUUUGAAGAGCUGGUUUACAAGCCUGCCUUUGAUCCAUCAUUUUCCCAGAUGCCUCUGAUGGUUGCUCAGCUAACCAAGUUUACGUGUGGAGGAUUCUCUCUGGGCUUUGGAACCAGUCAUUCUCUCUUUGAUGGGCUUGGUGCAAUCAAUUUUCUCAAGGCAUGGGCUUCAGCUGCUAAUUCUACAGUCUUAUUAAAACUGCCCCAGCCUCUCCAUGAGCGAACUAGGCUGCUGGUUACAGAAGCAUCAGGAAUUCCAAGCACUGCUGAGCAAAAUAGAGUAGUCCCUUUCAUACACCUCAAUGAACUCAUAGAGCGUGGGAUCAAAUCUGCAGAGGAAAAAUUAUGGGAGUGCAAUUUCAAUGGAGUUAGUUGGGCCAGCCAGAGUGGCUAUGCUCUAAAAACUUUCAGUGUCUCCAAGGAAACAGUGCAACGCCUGAAAACAACAACAGCAAAACAAGGUGGACCACCUAACUGCUCAGCUUUCGAUGUGGUUGCUGCUCAUCUUUGGAAAGCAAGAGUUAAAGCAUUGGGUUUGAGUUGUGCAACAACAGUGUGUCUGCAAUUCACAGUGGAUGCAAGGAGUCGCCUUGUUCCACCAUUGCCUAGGGAGUUCAGUGGCAACGCCUAUGUCAUGGCUUCAGUCACUUGCACAGUGGAAGCUCUUGAGAAAGAAGGCCUCCACAUUACAGUAGAUAGGAUCAGGAAGGCCAAGGAUUCUGUCACAGAUGAAUACAUAAGAUACUAUCUAAGAGCCCUGGAUGCUCCUCAGAAAGCCCUUCCUUCCUUAAGAGAGCUCACUCUUGUCUCUGAUUGGAGACGUACUCCCUUUCAUGCUGUAGAUUUUGGGAUGGGGAAGGCAUUAUAUGCAGCUCCAUUGGCAUCUCCUGUGCCCCAGUCUGCUUACUUCCUUCAGGACCCCAAUGAUGAGGAUGGUAUUCAUGUUAGGUUGGGUUUACUGCCUGAACAUGUAGCUGCUUUCCAUUACCAUUUCACUAAGAACUGACUUUCUAUGGACCACCAACUAAAUGAAUUAUAGUUAUCAGCAUGUAGAUAUUAUGUUCAAGUAUCAGUCUCUUACAUUUUCAUGGUGAAAUGUAUACUAUCACCACCUUUGAAAGCAUUGUCAAGGCAACUGGUUUUUGUCUUUGUUUGGAAACUAAUGUUAAUUGCUCUUUCACUAUUUCA